AUGCGUCUCAUCGUUCGUGACGACGAGGAUGCUGCGUGCUCCUUCAUCGCCGACUACAUUACCGACCGCAUCAGCACCUUCCGGCCCACGGCCGAGCGGCCGUUUGUGCUAGGAUUGCCUACGGGCAGCUCCCCGCUUGGCGUCUACCGUCGCCUCGUAGACGCCUUCCGGGCCGGUCGUGUCUCCUUUGCCAAUGUCGUUACCUUCAACAUGGACGAGUACGUCGGUCUCCCGCGUGACCACCCGGAGAGCUACCACACGUUUAUGUGGACAAACUUCUUCAGCCACGUGGAUGUCCGGCCGGAGAACGUGCACCUGCUCGACGGCAAUGCCCCCGAUCUGGAGUUCGAGUGCCAGCAGUACGAGGAGAGGAUCCGUGCCGCCGGCGGCAUCGACCUCUUUCUCGCCGGCAUCGGUGAGGACGGCCACAUCGCCUUCAACGAGCCGGGCAGCUCGCUCGCCAGCCGCACGCGGGUCAAGACGCUGGCCUACGACACCAUCCGGGUCAACAGCCGCUUCUUCGGCGGCAACAUCGACGCCGUCCCGCGCUGUGCGCUGACCGUCGGCGUGCAGACCGUUCUGGACGCCCGCGAGGUCGUUGCCGUCGUUCUGGGCCCACGCAAGGCCCUGGCGCUGCAGAAGUGCAUCGAAGAGGGCGUGAACCAUAUGUGGACGCUCUCCAGCCUGCAGCUGCACCCUCACCCCAUGGUCGUGUGCGACGAGGACGCCACUCUCGAGCUGCGCGUCAAGACAGUCAAGUACUUCAAGAGCAUCGAGCAGGUCGCCCGCGGUCAGGGCUUCCACCAGGUCCUGCCCACACGUCUUCGUCACCCAACCGGCACGAUCCCUUCUGCUUCCACCUCUGCUCGUACUCCGGCUUCAGCUUCAGUACCUACCCCCUUGGUCAUCCCAUCGCCAGUCAGGCCGCUUGUCGUUACUGUCGACGUCCCUGUCACACCGGAUGCAUCGCCCAAGACCUACUCUGUCCCCGGUCUUGAUCCUGCCUCCAACGACGAGCUCGACCUCGUACCCGACCGCAUGGGCGACCGCAUCCCCGUGACCGUGGAAACAGCACCACAGCCGGGCCUCAGCGUGAUGCCGGUGUACCGGCAGCGCUUGACGCCGAGUCCCGAGCAGCAGCAGCAACACCAGAAUAUUGCGUCUGUUGGUGCUUAG